GCAAUCCCGCCCUACUGUCGGAGCCUCUGGCGCAAGUGACGUCACUCCGCCCCGCCCAUGCAAUUCGAGGCGGGCCUGCUUUGCCUCAGGCCCCGCCCCAUCGCCACCCUCCGCGCAUGCGCGAUACUGGGGCCUUGUUCGGAGCACGCUCCACUUUCCUUAUCCCCACCCCCGAAGACAGAGUUGGGGGAACUUCAGCCCGGGUGAAGCGAAUACACGUCACCACCGGAAGUAGUGUCAGAGGGGAAGAGGAGGGGGGAAGAAAGAAGGAGGGAGGCCUUCGGGCGGUAAAAUGGCGCCUGUCAGAGUGGGAAAUCCAGCUGCAGAGGCUGCAGCCCCGCUCCCUAGCGGCUGAGGCACCCCCCCCGACCUCGGGGAGGGGGAGGCCGCUCCAGUCCAGCCAUCCGCGCCCUUCGGCUCCCCCUCCCCUCCUUCCCGGCUCCUUGGCUCAGCCGGUCUGUUCGCCGCCACCGCGGCCCUGCGCGCGCCGCUACCCCCGCCCGCCCCUUUCCCGCGGGCAGCCCCCUAGCGCGCCUGCGCAGCGGGCCACCCUCCGCUUCCCCCUUCCCCUCCCCCUUCCUUCUCCCUCCCUCCCUUCUCCCUAGCCCCCUCCCCCACAACCCCCUCCCCCAAUUCUCCAUCCCCUUCCCUCCUGGUCUCGGAGGACCCCAUCGUAGCCCGAUCUGUCUCGGCCCGCAACCUCCGCGAAUCCGUCGGUGCCACUCCCCGCCCAUGUGGGCCCCCGCGGGCUGCCCACGCCUGUCCCCCAGCUCCCCGUUCCGCUGGGCUUUCCCCUCGUCGUGGGUGGCUUUCUGAGCCGCCCGCUCCGUGCCCCUCUCUGCAGCCUCUCCUGCCACUCGGGGCCCCCGUUCCCCCUCCCGGUGGCGGGGGGCUGCCCCCGGGGGGCUGGCGGAGCUGGGCCGCGGGGGCCCCGGGGCCGGCGGUGCCGGGGUCAUCGGGAUGAUGCGGACGCAGUGUCUGCUGGGGCUGCGCACGUUCGUGGCCUUCGCCGCCAAGCUCUGGAGCUUCUUCAUUUACCUUUUGCGGAGGCAGAUCCGCACGGUAAUUCAGUACCAAACCGUUCGAUAUGACAUCCUUCCCUUAUCUCCUGUGUCCCGGAAUCGGCUAAGCCAGGUGAAGAGGAAGAUCCUGGUGCUGGAUCUGGAUGAGACACUUAUUCACUCCCAUCACGAUGGGGUCCUGAGGCCUACAGUCCGGCCUGGAACGCCUCCUGACUUCAUUCUCAAGGUGGUAAUAGACAAACAUCCCGUCCGGUUUUUUGUACAUAAGAGGCCCCAUGUGGAUUUCUUCUUGGAAGUGGUGAGCCAGUGGUACGAGCUGGUGGUGUUCACAGCAAGCAUGGAAAUUUACGGCUCUGCUGUGGCAGAUAAACUGGAUAAUAGCAGAAGCAUUCUCAAGAGAAGAUACUACAGACAGCACUGCACUUUGGAAUUGGGCAGCUACAUCAAGGACCUCUCUGUGGUCCACAGUGACCUCUCCAGCAUUGUGAUCCUGGAUAACUCCCCAGGGGCUUACAGGAGCCAUCCAGACAAUGCCAUCCCCAUCAAAUCCUGGUUCAGUGACCCCAGCGAUACCGCCCUUCUCAACCUGCUUCCGAUGCUGGAUGCCCUCAGGUUCACCGCUGAUGUUCGUUCUGUGCUGAGCCGAAACCUUCACCAACAUAGGCUCUGGUGACAGCUGCUCCCCCUCCACCUGAGUUGGGGUGGGGGGGAAAGGGAGGGUGAGCCCUCGGGAUGCCGUCUGGUGCCCUGUCCACUGGUGAGGACUGCCUGGGCAGGGUCUGCCCCUCCCACCCCUCUCUGCCCUGGGAGCCCUGCACUCCAUAUGGAGUCUGGAUGGACACAAGGGCCAGAUUCUCAAGCAGCCUCACUCUAACUUCGUGUUCGCACUCCCUGGAAACCCCAGACUGGGACAUAAGCGGAGGCCUAGGAGAGCCGCAACAGUGUCUGGUGGAGAGACAGGACUGGCCAGAGUGGGAGACAGACAUUCGGUAAUCCGGGAGGCUCAAAGAGAAGCCAAGCCAGCUUUGUUGUGAUUUGUUUUUUUAAAAACUCUUGUACAAAAGUGAUCUAAUUCUUCACUCCAAGGGCUGGGUUGUGGGUGGGAAACUGGGAUUUUGGGCCACUGGAUUUUCCCCAAACUUGUCCCCUCCCUUUCUAUUUUCCCUUCUUCCUAGAUUCCCUCAGACCUGUAACCAGCUUUCUCUCCUUUUUUUUCUUUCCUCUCUUUUAAACCAUGCAUUAUAACUUUAAAACCAAG